CGAGUCUCCGCCGUUGGACGGCAUGGUCGUGACAGCUUUUCUCGAUUGCUAUAUAAGGACUUCUGCCUCUGACCCUCGGGCUCCUGCCCUCUGGAUUCUAAGCCUUGGCACACCCUGACUUUUCUCCAAUUACUUUCGUUGUCACUUCUCUAUACACAAUGGAUUGGGACGACCGUGUCUUGCUGGACAACAAUGUGUCAUUCUUCUUAUGGAUUAGGAAGUACGACGAAGCACGCGGAGAACGGCUGACGGACUGGGUGUCGACACUUCAUAAAGGUCGUCUGCCUUGCAGACUAGCCACACAUAAGCUCGAAGAUCGCCGUGGCGCUUAUAACAUAAAUUGCAAAGUAGUAUUCGACAAUGGGGAGAAGUGGAUGGUCCGCUUCCCUAUGGUGGGAAAGGUCAUGCAUGCCGACGAGAAAGUCGAGAUCGAAGUGGCUACUAUGAAACUCAUCCGUCAGCAGACUAGUAUACCUAUACCCGAUAUUAAAGCCUGGGGUUUGGCUGUCGACAAUCCACUUGGAUUGGGUCCCUUUAUUAUGAUGGAGUUUAUCGAAGGCAUAGGUGUCGAUGAAAUUAUGCAAAACACUGAUGCUAGGAUUAUGCGAGAGGAUAUUAACCAAGAUGUAGUUGAAAAAAUCUUCAGACAAACGGUUAGAUUUCAAUUACAGCUCCGAAAGCUUGACUUCCCACAUAUCGGCAGCGUAAUCUCGAACUCCACGAGUAGCGAGCCUGGCUUUGCUACAACUAUUAGCUCACGGCCGUUCACGAAAAAGGCUCACGAUUUCCUUGCUGAUGGCGGAGUCGAUGUUCUCGGGCCUCGGGACAAAAUUUACUCAUCAGCAACUGAGUAUUUUCACCACAUUGUCGAUCGGGACUUGAAACAACUUCAUAAACAGCUCAAUUCAGUGGACAAUGCUAAGGAUGCAAGGGACAAGUUCAUUUACUGGAAUGUCAUGAAAUCUUUAAUAGCGCGUCAGGUCUUGCCCGGCCGAGACAACGGCCCGUUCAAAUUCAUGUGCGACGAUUUCCAGCCGACGAAUAUGAUCGUUAACAAUGAGAAAGACUUAAAAAUCAUUGCAGUGAUUGACUGGGAGUGGUCUUAUACGGGACCAGCUCAGAUGGCGGAUUCCACGCCGUUUUGGCUUCUAAUAGAGUCACCCAAUGCUUGGACUUCUAUAGAUAAGAGGUUUGCCAGGUUUCAAGAGAACUUAGAGUUAUUCACUCGGAUUCUCAAGGAGGAGGAAGAAAAUGUGCUAGGUGCUGUCCCCGAGAACGAGAAACCCUCCGCACUACUGGGGGAAUGUCAGAAGCACGGGCGCCAGUGGUUCCACUUCCUCUUGCGACGCGGCUUUAACGGACCAAACUGUGUGCCUUUCGUCAAACUCCGAGAAGAGACGGAGGAUUGGGACAAGCUAGUUUCUGCUAUCUCGAAGGAGGAAAUUGAGGCUUUCGUUCAGAAAAAAGUCGCAGACCUGCAGACAUACGAGAAACAGCUGGCUGAAACGCAGGAGAGAUACCAGGCGGCGCUGAAAGGGGAGUCGGAGGAUCUGGCCGCCUUCCUCGACAAAAAUGUAGAGAUACUUCACAUCGAUACACAACGCCAUCAAUGGCGAUCGUGGAGCUGUUUUGACGGGUAACGCUGGAAUUGGCGUUGCAUGAGAUGUGGUCACUUGUGGGGGCAGUUACUAUGUUGGUCUUGGCAUCAGCCUCUUUGGUCUCAAGAAACAAUUCCUAUCUUGGCGAUUGACGUUCAGAAUUAUGCAGUUCACCGAGAAUGGGCAGUUCCCUAUGGUCAGUUCCGUUUUCAUCAACUAUGCCGUGUCCCCUUUUCGUUGGCCAUAGAAUAGAAAUCCUCAGUCCCGGCGCUUCUCUGAUAUGGUUCUGGAAACAACGCCGGUGAAG